GAAGUCCGUAAAGUAAGUGAGAGUAUCAAGUAUAACCACCCUUUGAGAAAAUGUGUUGAUACAAUACUGAAAAAGUGUCCUAGUGAGUAUCAGGAAAGAAUGGGCAGGAACAUGGAUGAUUAUGAAGAUUUUGAUGAAAGACAGAACAGUUAUCCAAGUGAAAAAAAUCUGGUCAAACUUCACAAGCAGGUAAUCUACUCAGUACAGAGACAUCGUCGUACACAGGUCCAGUGGCAAAUUCUUUUGGAACAAGCAUUUUAUCUAGAAGAUGUGGCAAAAAAUGAAACCAGUGCAACUCGACAGUUUGUGCAUACCUUUCAUUCCCAGGAACCAGAGAAUAAAAUCAUUCGGUAUUUCUACACACCAACUGUUGAGUGGUACUGGGAAUGUCUUCUACGACCAUGGUUUUACCGGGUGCUUGCAGUUGUUUUGGCCACAUUCUCCGUAAUUGUUGUGUGGUCCGAAUGCACAUUUUUCAGCACAAAACCAGUUUUGUCGUUAUUUGCAGUUUUCAUACAGCUGGCAGAGAAGACAUAUAAUUAUAUAUACAUAGAGAUGGCCUGUUUUCUUACCAUCUUUUUCCUAAGCAUCUGUGUUUAUUCUACUGUCUUCAGGAUCCGUGUAUUUAACUAUUAUUAUUUAGCUUCACAUCAUCAGACAGAUGCAUACAGUCUCCUUUUCAGUGGCAUGUUAUUUUGCCGUCUUACUCCACCAUUAUGCUUGAACUUUUUGGGCUUGACCCAUAUGGAUGCAACAAUCUCUCACAAAGACACUCAGCCAACUGCUUACACAUCUAUAAUGGGCUCUAUGAGAGUGCUGUCCUUCAUUGCAGAUGGAUUCUAUAUAUAUUACCCAAUGCUUGUUGUUAUUCUCUGUAUUGCCACAUACUUUAGUUUAGGAACUCGUUGUUUGAAUCUUUUGGGAUUCCAGCAGUUCAUGGGGGAUAGUGAAAUGACCUCUGAUUUGAUUGACGAAGGGAAAGAACUAAUCAGAAGAGAGAAAAGAAAACGACAAAGGCAGGAAGAAGGUGAAAACAGAAGAAGG